UUUGCCGUUGGGGUCACGUGUCACGAGCGUCCAGCUGAUCCGCGAGCCUCUGAGCUUUAACUUGACUGGUGGCGCCUGGCACUUCGCAGAACAGCCGGUCGCCUCAGGGGUUUAAUCAGAAAGUGAAAGGAUUUCAAGCCACUGCGGGUUGAAAACAGGGUUGACAUGGCUCCAACACUGUAUGAUGAGAAACCAGACCCGGGGGACCUGAUAGAGAUCGACCGUGGCUCAUACCAGCACUGGGCUGUCUAUGUGGGCGACGGCUUUGUCGCUCACUUGGCGCCACCCUCUGAAGUUCCUGCUGCAGGCUCCAGCAGCUUAAUGUCCGUCCUGGCCGAGAAGGCCAUCGUCAAGAAGGAGGAGCUCUGGGACGUGGUGGGAACAGACAAGUGGUCAAUCAACAACAGUCUGGACCAGAAGUACAAGCCCCGUCCGCCUCAUGUUAUUGUGCGUGAGGCCUGUAGUAUGGUCGGUCAGGAGCUUCCCUACUGCAUCUUCAGGGGAAACUGCGAACACUUUGUCAACGAGCUGCGCUACGGGAAAGCAGAAUCCCGGCAGGUGCAGAAGGCAGGUGAAGCUGUGGUGGUGGCUGGUGUAGCUACCGCCGUUGGCCUCGGUGUCUUUGCUCUGGCCAGUGCUCUGUUUGGAGGCAGCAAAAAGGAGAAGAAGGAAACCCAGUGACUGAAACCACAGCGAUGUGUUCAGGAGCUUUGAAUAACUCAUCACCAGCGAAGCCUAAGGGCCACUUGCCACGACUGAUCACAGAUAGCGCUGCCUAAUUUCUCUGAUAUUAAACGGAACUGCCUGACUUCCAACCCGUCUUUAACAAUCCAUCAGCUGAUUUUUAAGGUUUAUGUUUUGAUUAUUUCCCUCUAUUUCAGGGUCAAAAAUUUCUACAGAAAGCACAAAAACAACAAUUAGUAUUUUUACUUGAAUAGGUUCAGAAGUUCAGAAGGUGCUGGGAAAAAAAAUAGUUACGUUUAAAUUAUAAACUUCAUAGGACAAUAUUUUUAACAAUGAAUUAACUUUUUUGUAACCACAGAAGACAUUUACCUGACUGCAAUCAGUGUAAAAAUUUGAAAAUCAAAAUAAAAAAUGUCAUUUCUAAAAAAUGCCUUAUAAAGUAAUUUGAUGUAUUUAGAAUGAUUUUGAGAUCAAAAUAAUUUCUAAUUGUGUGUAGAAAUGUUUUAUUUUUUGUCCUUCAGAUAUGUACUUGUUGAAAACGUGUGAAUAUUGGUAUCCAAUUUUUUUGUCAUUAGGUGUUACUGGGGAAAACUUAAGGCAAAGAUAUAAUGUCAGGUUUUGUUUGAAAGUGUUUUAAAAACUCUACGCAGCCCUGAAAGUCACUUUAUAAACAGAUUUUAUAACCCUGAAGAAAUUUCAGUGCAAAUAUAUUAUAAUCUGUUUUAGAGGGAGGUUGAUUUGUAAGAUCAUUAAUAUCCUUCAAGAAAUAAAGAUGGCAUCAUGGAAACACUAAGAUGUUUCAAAUACA